AGUGCGCUAAAAAUAAAAACCCACUGCAGGAACAUAAGCAGGGCCCGUUGUGUGGAAAUUUGACUUCCCUUUUUUCUGCUGAGCAUAACGCACACACAGAGUGCGCCUGCCGAUACGCAUUAUGCGUGUUGGUGAACAUUUCAUCUCACCACGUCCAUAAUCAGCGAUAAAACGAAUGACAAAAGAAGAGCGAUUGCUCCGAAACAGCGAUGCUUCCUCGUUGGCAGUGGAGUAGAACAGUCUGAGAUUAGAUUUCGUAGCGGCAUCACACGGUUUCUGUAGUGCAACAAAAUGACACAACUAGCGCUAGACGAUGUGCUCAUCGAGAUUGGCACGUUUGGUAGAUUCCAGCUUCGGCAGUUUCUGCUCAUGAUAUUGCCACUCGUGUUUAACGCAUUCUCCAACUUGUCUUACGUGUUUACUGCAGCCGAUCUUAAGUACAGAUGCUACAUUCCCGAGUGCGAGAACCAAAACGAUACAGUGUACCUCACCGAGUGGCUACAUGCAGCAGUUCCGUUCGUGCGCAACCAACCGGCCGGGUGUGAACGGUACGAACCGUUUGUAAACAUCACCGGCGACUAUUUACAAUGCCAAGCGUCCGAUUUCAACGAGUCCGCUAUCACGCGAUGUUUCGACUUUGUGUAUGAAGAUAAAGCCGCUACCACGAUUGUGAAUGAAUUCAACCUGACCUGCGAUGAAAACACGUGGAAGAUAACUUUUGUCGGAACAUUGCACAGCAUCGCACAGGGACUAGCACUUUUGCUCGGAGGGUUAUUUUCGGAUCGAUACGGGCGUAAGCGGGCCCUGCUGCUCUGCAUUGGGCUGGGCUCGACCCUAGGGAUCAUUCGAUCGUUCUCAGUGAACUAUGAGAUGUUUUUAGUGUUCGAAUUCUUGGAACCGUUGCUCGGUUCCACGAUGUACACGACGGCGUUCAUCCUAGGUCAGGAGCUCGUUGGUCCCAAGCAUCGCGUCUUUGCCAAAAGCUUGUGCCUGGUAGUGUUCGCACUGGGAGAAGCCGCCAUGGGUGUUAUUGCAAUGUUCAUACACAACUGGCGCUACUAUCUGUUGGCCUUGUUUGUGCCGGGACUAGUGUCGCUUUCGUUCCUAUGGAUAACGGCCGAAAGUGUUCGCUGGUUGCUGUCGAAGGGUCGCAACAAGGAAGCGAUCGACAUACUGCUGAAAGCAGCUACAACAAAUCGGAAAACACUGUCGGAGAAUACGCUCAAGUACUUUGCCACCAAUGACUAUCAAUGCGAAUCACCGCAGGUGCCAGUGAAUCCAACCUUCUUUGCACAGCUGGCCGAAGUUUUCAAAUUUAAACGACUGACCAUACGGCUAGCUAUCUGCUCGUUCUGUUGGUUCACUAACGUGAUGGUGUACUAUGGUCUCACUUUGAAUUCGGUCACAUUAGCGGGAGACAAGAACGUUAACUUUAUCUUGAUAACGCUGGUCGAAAUACCGAGCGCAGUCAGCAUGAACUUCAUCUUGAAUCGAUUUCCACGACGGAUGGCACAGUUUGUGUCGUUAGCGUUGUGUGGCGUUCUGUGCUUAGUAACACUAGCUAUUCCAGAAGAUGAAAGCUGGAUCCACACGGCAAUGUUCCUCUUCAGCAAAAUGGCCAUUUCCUUCUCUUUCGGGGUACUGUACAUCUACACCGCGGAGAUCUUUCCCACCAAUCUACGGCAAAGCCUUCUGUCCAUGUGUUCCAUGAUUGGUCGGUUAGGAUCAAUCGUUGCACCACAAAUGCCCUUGCUGACAAAAGUUUGGAAACCACUACCGAUGACGCUGUUUGGUUCUAUUGCGUUACUUUCAGCGUUUACGAUUCUAGAAUUUCCUGAGACUGGCAAUGUCCGGCUGCCAAACACAGCCAGUGAGGCAGAAAAUCUUAAGCAAAACAGUUUUGAUAGUGAUCGUUCUGAAAACGUAAUGCCACAAUCCGAAGACGACGUAGACUUGGACGAAGUGCUGCAAGAGAUCGGUCAGUUUGGACUGUUUCAAAUGAAACAGUAUGGGCUGAUGGUACUGCCGAUCAUAUUCAAUGCUCUGUUCACACUGAGUUACAUCUUCACGGCCGGCAAUCUUGAGUACAGAUGUUUAGUGCCAGAGUGUGAACUUCCCACAACUGCUGUUUAUAAUCCCGACUGGUUGAAUGGGUCGAUGCCAUUCCAUGUUGAUGCACGAUGUCAACGGUUACAAUACCACACGAACGACACCGAUCCUUUUCAGAUCGAGGAGUGUAGUAGCGAGGACUUCAAUCCUUCCGACAUCGUUGCGUGUGAUAGAUUCGUGUUCAAAAGCGAUGAAACUACGAUAGUGCGAGACUUUAACGUAACAUGUGCGCAAAAUGAUUGGAAGCUAACGUUGGUAGGCACCGUAAACAACGUGGGCCAGUUUGUAGCCCUACCAAUUGCCGGCUAUCUGUCUGAUCGAUUCGGUCGAAAGUGGAUCCUUCUAGUGAGCGUUGCCGGGAGUGCAGUCUUCGGACUGCUUCGAUCUUUCGCUAUCAAUUACGAAAUGUUCAUAGCGAUGGAAUUCCUCGAUCCGGUCAUUGGUUCCACCAUGUACACAACCGCAUUUAUACUGGCGCUUGAACUCGUUGGUCCGAAAAUGCGCGUCACCGGUAAUAACAUUAUUUCCUGUGCCUUUUCAUUCGGCGAAGCGCUGCUUGGUUUGCUGGCCAUGUACUUCCGCGACUGGCGCACACUGUUGCGCAUUUUGUACAUUCCUGGCCUGCUAGUGCUUCCGCUGCUGUACACAACCGCGGAAAGUGUGAGGUGGUUGUUGUCAAAAAAUAGAAAAGAUGAAGCGUUUCAAAUUUUAAAACAAGCAGCCACCGUAAAUGGGAAAACGUUGUCCCAAGUGGCGCUGGCUAAGUUCAACUCUACCGACAUUAAGAAUAAUUCAAGCAGCUCGUUAGAAAGUAAAACUUACACGCAUCUGCUUCGCGAGGCCCUGCAAAAUCCAGGCCUAGUGUUGCGUGUCAUCAACUGUUCGUUUUGUUGGCUCACAAACACAAUGGUCUACUUUGGCCUAAGUCUCAAUUCUGUAUCGCUCUCGGGGAACAAAUAUCUGAACUUCAUUCUCGUCUCCCUGAUCGAGCUGCCCGGAUUCUUUUUGAUGCAACUGAUCCUGGAUCGUGUAGGACGCAAGAAAACACUUUUUACAACACUCGUGUUAAGCGGUUUAUUCUGCAUCAUAUCCGCAUUUAUUGAGGAUGCACCUGCCCUCAACCUAACGCUCUUUCUGCUCAGCAAACUUACAAUUACGAUGUCAUUCGGUACGCUGUACAUAUAUACGGUGGAGAUCUUUCCCACCAACCUUCGCCAAAGCCUACUCUCGACAUGCUCCAUGUUUGGACGGAUCGGUUCGAUGAUUGCACCGCAGACACCGCUGUUGGCUAAAUUUUGGACACCGCUUCCGAUGGUUUUGUUUGGCGCUCUCGGUAUUACCUCGGGCAUAGCGGCGCUUAAGUUUCCCGAAACGCUGAACAACGAACUGCCCAACACGCUCGAGGAAGCCAUGAACAUGCAAGGACCCGACAUUCCCGCAACUGACCGGUGAU